GUAAUAUUUGUGAGGAAGAAUGCGUAUAUAUGUAUAGAGAAUUAAAACUAAAGUAAUAAAAAGCAGUAAUAAGUUGACGUUAAAUAAUUAAAGUAGAUAAUCGAUAGGUCGAGAAUCGCAGCAUCUUAAUUGGCUGGCUGCGAGUCCCGUUGGACAGUUUUCAAAUGAUCUCCUGUAGUUUAGCUCUUAACGAAGGCGCUCUUGUUACGCGCGAGACGCCUUUUGUGGCACGCGUGCCUUGUGCCCUCCUAAUUUUGUUUUUUUUUUUUUCCCCUUUCUUUUUUUCUUUUUCUUUUUUUCCUUUUCUUUUUCUAUUUGUUUGUUUGUUUGUUUUCUUUUUUUUUUUUUUCUUUUUUUUCUUUUUUUCUUUUAAUCUCGUUUAACCACCCCCAUACCAAUCGUUCUUCACAUUUUUCUUUUUGUCAUUUUUUUAGAUUCCAAAUUGUGUUUCUUCGUUUUAUUUUGUUUUCUUCUACUUCCUCUUCUUCUUCUUUUUAAUUAUUUCUAUUUCAUCUCAUUCGAUAUGGUUUUCAUCCUUCAGUUUUUUUUUUUUUUUUAUUUUAUUUUAUUGAUUUUGUGGUUUUAUUUGGCAGCAUACUUUUUUAAAUGUUUUUUCUUUGUUUUUUUUUCUUUCUUGCGAACUUUUUUCAACCUAUUUUUCAUGAAUAUUUUGCGUUUCAAUUUGAUUCGUUCGAUCUUCUUCAUACUCUUAUUCCAUUGGUGUUCGUUCUUUCUUUUAUUUUUUUUUUUUUUUUAAUUCCUUUUUGUUUUUUUUUUUUUUUUGUCUUUUCGUUUGUCUUCUCUUUCUCGACGAUUAUCGAUCUGCAAUUUCGAAUGUAUAAUUUUGAAAUUUUUUUGCGAAUGUCAAUAAUGAUCUCUCAAAUGACGAUCUCAAAAGUUUCAGGUUUGCGGAAGGUUUUACGGGAAGUUGACAAAAUCUUUUUUUAAUGAAAAAAAUAAAAAAAAUAAAAAAAAUAAAAAAAAUAAAAAAAUAAAAAAAUAAAAAAAAAAUGAAAAAAAAAAAUAAAAAAAAAAAAAAAUAAAAAAAAGAUCAAAAGAAAAAGAAGAAAGAAAGCGAUCCCUUGACCGUUUCAUGUUUAUUCCUUUUAACGGGAUUUUUCUUAAUCUCUCAUCACGAGAUUAAGAAAAUCCCCCCGAGAAAGAGGGUUCACGAGAAGAAUCCUUAUGAUACCAUUAAAAACGAUUUUAAACGAUACGUAAUAAGGAUCGCUUUUCUUUAUCUUUUUCUCUCUCGUAACAGCCUAACUUAUGUUCUAUUUGCUGAAACUUGUGUUCUUUUUGCUUUUUCAUUUACUUUUUUUUCUUUUCUAUUAUCCUUCUUUUUUCUUUCUUUUUUUUUUUUUUUUCUUUUCCUUUUUUUUUCCCCUCGAUUAUAUUUUUCCCUCGUUUAAGUAAGAUGUUGGCGUUAUUCCGUCAAAAGUAUUCCAAUACAUAGCGAAUAUAAUAUUUAUUUAUAGGUCAUACAUAUAUAUACACACACACACACACACAUACACAAAUACACGCAUACAUUCACAUGAUCACACCGACAGAUACACUUUUUUCUACUUUCUUAGCACCACGUCGAAAUUAUAGACGACGAGAUAAAUAAGAAAAUAAACUGCCAAUUGGUGAUUAUAAAACUGCGAUAAGAUAUCUUAUAAGCGAAUUAAUAAUUGUAUUAUCCUUGGCAGAUGCCUCUCGCUUUUUUACGAGGGUGAUCUUGCGGAAAGUCAAUAGCCAAUACGUCGUAAUUGGCAUUUAUAACCAUCGUUAGGGUGCGGAGAAUAUGUCGCUCAAGGGAAAAGAAAGUAGAUAGAUAUCGUUCCAAAAAAUAGUUGUAAGGAAAAAGAGAAAAGAAAAAGAGAGAGAGAGAGAGAGAGAGAGAGAGAGAGAGAGAGAGUGAGAGAGAGAGAGAGACCGAUUUUUUGCUUGUAAGGAAUGUGUGUGUUAACUAAGAAUAUUAAGGAAUAUAAAGUAAAAAAAAAAAAAAAAUAAUGUGUGAAUUAUUCGUCGUUUUAUAACAAAGGAUCGGAUUUUUAACCGAUCAGACAGGUUAUAUGUGUCUUGGUGUUUUUUCUAAUCGUAUAAUAUUAACGCAUCUAUCGUGUUUUCGCGAACACUUUUUCAAACCUGAGAAGUUCAAAUUGCUUUCGCGGACACAAGGAAACAUAUUUAGAAUCCAGAAAGAAAUCAUCACUUUUAUCUCAUAGUUUUAAUUCGAAACGAUUCGACAUUUAUAUCCUAUGAUAGAUCUAUAUAUAUACAUACACACAUACUUUUGAGAUCUUCUUAUGCCUGCCUUUUGAAAAAGAAUAAGAAGAAUUAUGAUAAAGGAAAAAGAAAUACCUAUUUUUUUCACUUUCACAUAAUUUAAACUAACGAUUAAUUCGUAAAAGUGAAAUAAGGAAAAAGAAAUGAUAAAAUGAUAAGAUAAAUCCGAGAAAUAUAUUCGGUAAGGAUUUUCUGGAUUCUGCGCCUUCUGUGUUCACGACUUCUCUUGGAAUAGGAUUUCUGCCUCUUCUUCUAACAAGCAUCCUCUUCGUCAUCUCGUCUCCCAAAGGGAAUGAGUAUGACGUAAAUUGGACGCAAGGCCAUCAUCUCAGAUCGUGAUAAUUAGUAGUGAUCGCCAUUGCAUCGCGAAGACGUAUCACUCAUUCGACGGGUGAUAUAAUCUUCCGUGGAAAGGUGUAGUAUUUUGACCAAAGGGAAAAUCCUCCCAUUUCUCUCCUUCUUUUUUCUUUUUUUUUUUUUUUUUUUUUUUUUUAUAUAUAUAUUCCCUCCCAAAAC